GGCAAGACGCUCUACAGGAUCAUGAGUGCAGCUUGUGGUGCUGCUUUCAUGCUCUACGGUUGGGACGCUGGCAUCAUUCCUGUCAUUGCCUCCAUCUACAACCUUGCUGCAGGAGUCAUGUCUCUCUGUGUUAGUUUCUACGGCAUGCAGAUCGGCAGAAAGGGCACCAUUCUGCUCGGAUGCCUGCUCAUCUGCAUUGGUGCACUCCUCCAAGCUUCGACAUACUCUGUUGGGCAAAUCAUCGUCGGUCGUAUCGUUACUGGAGCUGGAAUUGGAAAUAUCGCUGCAGCAGUUCCAACAUAUAUGGUCUCGUACCAACUUGCUCUCUUGAUCAGUGGUGUCGCUCUUGCAUACUGGAUUGACCUCGGCUUCGUGCAAGGGCUCGACAGACAUCCCUGGCUCUGGCGUAUUCCUCUAGCCCUUCAAAGUUGCUUUGCAAUCUUCUCUGCAGUCUUGUUAUUCAUGCUGCCCGAUACACCAAGAUGGUACUAUGCCAGAGGUUACGAAGCUCGUGGUGACAAAGUUCUCGCUCGCCUUCACGCGUUGCCAGUCGAACACGAGUCUGUGCAGGCUGUCAAGGCGGAUAUUAUUGCAUCGCUUGAGGAGGAAGAUGACACUGGCAAGAUCAGCAUAGUCACUCUCUUCUGGGACAACACCGAGCUGCAGUUUGGUCGUCGUUUGCGUACUUCGUUCCUGAUCAACUGGAUCUUCAGUAACCUGCAUUACUCUCCGCUUCUUUCAGGCAUCCUGGCUGGUGUGCUGAACACCUGUUUCGCCGUUGCAUCGUUCCCGCCAAUCUACUACAUCGAGAAAGUCGGCAGACGUGCUAUGAUGAUCUGGUCUGCUCUCGGCUGCGGUGUUUGCAUGCUGAUAUACGUUAUCCUUACGACACUUCCCGCCAGCAAAUCCUCUGUCGGUACCAACUGGGCUGCUGUCGCAAUCAUCAUCCUUUACGAAGUCGUCUUUGCUUUCGGUUGGCUAGGCACUUGCUGGGUGUAUGGUCCGGAAAUUGCUCCUUUGAAGUACCGUCACGUCGCUGGCAGUCUCGGAGCUGCGGGUGAAUGGUUCUCUACCUUCGUCAUGGUGUUCGGUGGUGGUACUGGUAUCAACGCCGUUGGACCCAAGAUCUUCAUUUGGCCUCUGUUGUGCUGCUUCCUCGCCGCGGCUUAUGUUUACUUCUUGUGUCCUGAGACCACUGGAAAGACACUCGAAGAGAUUGAUGCUUUGUUCGCUCGUUCUCCCGAAGUCCGCGAGAGACUGGAACGCGAUAUUGCCGCACGUAGAGCAGGAGGUAUGCCACCAAGCAUGAAACUAUCACCGCGCGACUCAAGCGACAUGUCAAAGAUGGAGGUUUCGACCGUUGAGAAGAUCUGA